AUGGUGAGAAGCCCUUGUUGUGACAAAACUGGAUUGAGAAAAGGGACAUGGACUCCUGAAGAAGACAAAAAGUUAAUCGCUUAUGUAACUAGAUAUGGCUGUUGGAAUUGGCGACAACUACCUAAAUUUGCAGGACUUGAAAGGUGUGGGAAGAGUUGUAGAUUAAGGUGGUUGAACUAUUUAAGACCAGAUAUCAAAAGAGGAAACUUUACUCAACAAGAAGAAGAUACUAUCAUCAAACUUCAUCAAAAACUUGGUAAUAGAUGGAUUGUGAUUGCUGCAAAUUUACCUGGAAGAACAGAUAAUGAGAUAAAGAAUCAUUGGCACACAAACUUGAAAAAGCGUUUUAUGAAGAAUAAUAAAUCAGACACAGACACUAAUAAGGGAACAGGAAACUCCAAAGACAUAAAUUCAGAUAACCCUAAAAUGGAAGAACAAAACAAACAUGGAGGAGUGUUAGAGAGCAACAGUGGCCCCAAUAUUACAAUUCCAUUAUCUUCAAGUGAAACAAUAGAUACUCCAACUAGUACGGAAAUAUCAUAUGAAAAAUACCUUUUUGAUGAGCUUCCUUUAAUGGAUGAAUACAUGGAUGUUUUGAAUGAUAAUUUCUGGGCAGAACCGUGUAUAAUAGACAAUACGUAUGUUCCUCCAAGUGAUGAAGCUACAAUAUUAGCUAUGGGGUAUGAACAUGAAUACUUCAGUCUUGUGUACGAUGAACAUCUUUGGAGCCAUGGAAAAUAA